CAACAACUUAAUCCCAAGAUUAUCGACAAAUUAUUGUACUCAAUUGACAGGAACUAUUGUAGAUUAAGGGUGGUGGUUGAUUAAUUUAAUUAAUUUGACUAUGUAUAACCUUGUGGUCACGGUAUGUUGCCUUUCACCUAAGACAAUUUCGUUCAAUAAAUUUAAGAAAUCGCUUUCACUAUGAUGACGAGACGACAAUGGGUUAGGAGGACAAGAAAUACGGUAUCUUUAUAGUAUAUAUUGGUCGACGGACGCUUUCAUAGAAGAUCGAUCAAGAUUUGGAAGGUUUAUGAUCAUGGGAGUAGGAGCUAGUAAGCUGAACAGGUUGAUCGGAGCUCGAAGGAUUAAGCGAUUCGGGGUUCCUCAAUUGACUCCGAAAGGUUAUGUUCCGGUAUGUGUAGGGCUGAACGAUGAUACAAGGCGGUUUAUCGUGCAUACAACAACCCUACGUGACGCAGAUUUCUCGGAGAUGCUGUGUAAAUCAGCUGAAGAAUAUGGUUUUUGUAACGAAGGCAUUUUGAGGAUUCCAUACGAAGCAAAGGAUUUUGAGGAGUGGAUUAUGAGAAGGGCUAAACGAAAGAUUGUUCGUGUUGAUUGAGGAUAGGUUGAGAUGGUUUGGAUUUUUUAUUGAUGUCGAUCAUCUUUGGAUUGAUGUCAAAGAUUUUUAAAUAUAUUUUCCCGGAAUAAUUAAGCUGACGAAACACUGUUC